GUUCAAAAAGAAUCAUCAGCUUCCUUCACUGAGGAGUGCAGACAGACAAGUACAGUCGCCAUGCUGAGACAGGCUUUAGCUGUCCUGCUGAUCGCAGCUGCUGCCAGUGCCUCGUACCCGAAGAGGACAGUGCUGUUCCAAGACCCUACCGCCUGGACGGGUGAAGGGAAGUGCUGCAUGGGCGUCUUCAACACGCCCCACCGCUACCUCGGAGCGUACAAGGUGACGGCCCUGUACUUCAGCAGCCACGUGCGCAACUACGCGACGCUGGAGACCGGCCCGGAGCAGCAGGACAUCAACAUCACCAUGAGCGAGUACCCUGCUGGCGGGGAUUCCUGGAGGGUGGUGGGUACCGGCAGGUACACGGGGGUGUCUGAGCCCACGCAGCUGCUGAGGAUCCCCAUCACCUACCAGACCGACCCCACGGCCGCCUACCUGUUCGAGAUCGUGUAUGGUGGCCCCCUCACCUACCCCGCCUAUGGCGCCAUCGAUGUCUCCGCGGGACCCUACAACACGACAAGCAACUACUUCAUACUCGGUAUUGACUACGAGAACCCAUGAGAGAACCAAACUCCUGACUGCAGUAGCUGUAAUUAUUGUCAACUUAUACAUUUAAAAUAAAAUGUGUUAUCAACAGUU